UUCAUCCCAGUCUUUCCGUCUCUCCUCCAGUCCUUGUUCCGACUCAAUGUUUGCAGCUCGAGCGAACUUUCGGCUUGUAGCCCUGAAUCGUCAACUUGUGCUCAAGCACACGCCCAUUUUUCCUUCUACAUCGGCACGACUCUAUGCGACUGCCCCUCAAACUGUACACGCAGCGCGACAGUCGCGUUGGCGUUCUUUUCUUCAGACUGUUGGGCGUCUGACCCUCGCCACUGUUGUUCUCUCGGCCGGAGCCUUCGUUUACGUUGUUCAGCGAGAUCGAAAUCCAGGCGAACAAUUGGCUCACGACCCUUCCAAAAAGACAAUCGUGGUGUUGGGCAGCGGCUGGGCGGCUACUUCCCUCCUCAAGAAGCUCGACACCGAAUAUUAUAAUGUUGUCGUCAUCUCCCCCCAUAACUACUUUCUGUUCACCCCACUUCUCCCCUCCGUUUCGGUGGGCACACUUGAAGCGAGAUCGGUCAUUCAGCCUACGCGAUACAUCACGCGACACAAAACGCGACGAGUUGAAGUGUACGAGGGCGAAGCAAAAUCCGUUGAUGUCAAGAAUAAAACUGUGACCUUCGAGGACAAUAGUGACAUCAAAGGAGCCGUGUCUACAACAACCAUACCAUACGAUUACUUAAUUUAUGCGGUAGGAGCAGAGAAUCAAACUUUUGGUAUUAAGGGUAUUCGCGAGCACGCCUGUUUCUUGAAAGAAUUACCUGAUGCAGAGAAGUUGCGUACACGUCUGAUGGACUGUGUCGAAACAGCCGCCUUUAAGGGCCAGGCGCCUUCCGAAAUUGACCGCUUGAUGCACAUCAUCGUUGUCGGUGGAGGACCGACCGGUGUCGAGUUUGCCGGGGAGCUCCACGACUUCCUUGUGGAUGAUUUGCACAGCUGGUAUCCUGAACUUGCCAACCAUUUGCACAUUAGCCUCAUUGAGGCCCUGCCUAAUGUACUGCCCGUAUUCUCCAAACAGCUCAUUCAGUACACCGAGUCAACUUUCAAGGCGAAUAAAAUAGACAUCCUAACCCGAACCAUGGUGAAAGAAGUCAGGGAAAAGACUGUCCUUGUACAGGGAGAAAACAAGGAACUGAGGGAGAUACCCUAUGGCCUACUGGUGUGGGCAGCUGGUAACACGUCGCGACAAAUAACGAGGGAUCUCAUGGCGCAGUUGCCAAAUGUCCAGAACCAGAGAAGGGGUCUGCUUGUUGACGACCAUUUGCGUCUCUUGGGUGCGGACGGAGUGUUCGCAUUAGGGGAUUGUACUGCGACCCUAUAUGCGCCCACCGCGCAAGUUGCCAGUCAGCAAGGGAAAUACAUUGGCCGCGUGCUGGAACAAAUGGCAAAGAAGGAGCAACUGGAAGCAACACUCCGCUCUCUUCGUGUGUCACCGGACGCAAAGCCCGAGGAGAUAGAGGCAGUUGUGAAGCAAAUCAAUAAAGUGGCGAAUAUCAAGCCAUUUCAUUACUCCCAUCAAGGUAGUCUGGCAUAUAUUGGGUCCGAAAAGGCUGUCGCGGACCUCCCUCUUUUCAACGGGAAUCUUGCGACAGGAGGGGUGGCCACCUUCCUGUUCUGGCGAAGCGCUUAUAUUUCCAAUCUUCUCUCUCUGCGCAACCGAUUUUUAGUCCUAAAUGACUGGAUGAAGGUCAAGCUUUUCGGGAGGGAUGUUAGCCGUGAAUAAAACUCGUGACGCAGUGAUGCAUUCGUCAGUCUUCGAAGAGAGGCCAGGGCGCAGCUAGACUUGUUAAACGUAAU